AAACUGUCAUCUUCUUCCAGCUCUGUCGUCGUCGUCCAGUCAUGGGGAGAGAGAGAAAAGCUAGCUAGUAGCUAGCUACCCUCUGUCUCUGUGUCCGCCAUGCCCAGCCCAACAGGGUGUUGCUGCUCAGUGCUCAGGUCUACUGCUGCCCUCCCAUCAUUAACUCAUCAUCCACCCCCCCUCCCUCCAUAGUAAACUACGCUUUGCCCAUCUCUCUCUCUCUCUAGCUUUUACCUUCUUACCCCUUGUCUUUCUCUCUCUCUACACCCCCCACUCUCUAGAAAAGGACAGCAUCCCCCCGUCCAUCCCUCUAGCUAGCUGAGCUCAAGCCACCACAAGUUUCGUUCCACAGACAAAGAAACGGGCGAGAGGGAAAGGAGAAAGACAGCGCUCUUUGUCACUCGCUCGUCUGCAACAAGCUAAGUGUAGAGUGUAGUUGCAAAGGGAUUGCAAGAGAGAGAGAGAGAGUGUGUGUGUGAUCGACCCAUGGAGCUCUUCCCCUCCCAGCCGGACCUCUCCCUCCAGAUCGGCCUCCCCGCCAGCGCCACGCCGCACGACCACCACCACGGCGCCGCCCUCAGCGCCAGGUUCCUCGCGGCAGCCGCAGGCGGCGGUGGCAACGGGAUCCCUGGCAACCCGGCGGUGGCCAUGGCGCCGUCGCUGCAGCUGCCCAUGCCGAUGCCGCUGCCAAUGCCGAUGCCGAUGCCCCCCAACGCCGCCGCCGCCGCGGGGGCCGCCGGCGGCCUUUACUACCACCCCGACGCCGCCGCCAUGCUGCGGCCCAUACGCGGGGUGCCGCUGUACCAGCACCCGCACACGCACGCGGUGCCGCCGACGUUCCCGCCGCACGCGGCGGGGGCGGCGGGCCCGUGCUUCUGCGAGCCUUGCCACGUCGCCGCGGGCGCCUGGCGCCGCGCCGGGUGCGGCGUCGGGACGCGCGUCGUCGCCGGGUUCCCCACGGCGGCCAAGCGCGCCGCCAGGGCGCCGCGCAUGCGCUGGACGUCCACGCUCCACGCGCGCUUCGUGCACGCCGUCGAGCUCCUCGGCGGCCACGAAAGGGCAACACCCAAGUCAGUUCUUGAGCUCAUGGACGUGAAGGAUCUCACCCUGGCUCAUGUCAAGUCUCACUUGCAGAUGUACAGGACCGUGAAGAACACCGAAAGGCCGGCAGCUUCGUCAGAUCUAGCUGAUGGGUUCGAGAACGGGUCGGCAGGCGAGAUCUGCGACGACAACUCGCUCGAUCUGCACGGCGCCGGCAGGCCAGAGUCGGGGGCGGCGCGGCAUGGAAGGGAAGACUGGACCGGCUUUCCCAGCGAGUCCAACACCGGGCGCAUGAGCAUGCAUUCUCGAUCUCUCAAGGAUCAGACGAUGCAGUCCAAGAGCCUGGAGAUCCUCUCGGACAUGAACUCCUCCUGCGUGUCGGAGACGACGUCGUGUGCCAGCGAGUUGAACCUGGAGUUCACCCUAGGCCCACGCAUCAGGCACUAGCGUGCAAAGCGACCAGAGGACGAUAUAAUCGGAGGAGGAUUAGCUAUAGGCUACUAUAUAAGACGGGGUGCUUUGCAUUGCGUGCGUGCGUGUUCAUGGGAUCGUGUUAAGACGGAGGAUGCACUCAUGGUCCCAGAGAGAGAGAGGCAGCAUAUAUGCAUCUUUCAUCGUUAAAAGAAGCUAGGCCAUGGACAGACACCAGCAGCAGCAGCAGCCAGGAAAAAGGAUUAAAGGUGUAGCAUCAGCAGCAGCUAGCUCUAGGGUAGUGGUAGUAGUAGUGGUAGAGUGAGGUGAUCGUUCGAAAGCUAGCUAAACACAGAUGCAAUGUGUGUAAUGGAUGGAGUUGUUGUGUUAGAUCGAGCGCGUUUGCGUUUAGGAUCGGACCAUCUGUUUAAAGGGCUUUUUUCGCAGCAACAAUGCAUGCAUAUGAGCUUGCAUUUGCUAGGGGCCGCAGGAGUACGUGCAAAGGAAAAAAGGGCGGGGGUGACCUGUGUUGUUGCUUUCUCCUGCAUCAGUCACAUGCCCUUGAGCGCUCCAUUUGCAUUUUGAGCUCA